GUCGCUGUCAAGUUCGAGGACUUGCAGGGCCACGCGCUGCAGCUGGAGCAUGAGGUCGAGGUGCUCCGACUCCUCUCGAAGCCUGUCAAGAUGCCGGGCUUUGCGGAGUGCCACUACUGGGGCAAGGAGGGGCGCUUCCACUGCCUCGUGAUGGACCUGCUCGGCAGGUCUCUCGAGGAUCGCAUGCAGUCCUGCAAGGGGAAGCUCCCCUACAAGACUGUGGUACUCAUGGCAGACCAGCUGCUGUGCAGAAUAGAGUACCUGCACUCGAAGGGCCUCAUCCACCGCGACAUCAAGCCAGAGAAUUUCAUGUUCGGAGUGAAGGACAAGGUGCAUCAUAUCUAUCUCAUCGACUUCGGGCUGAGCAAGCGGUACUGGGACUCGAGCAACAAGCACGUGAAGCAGAGGUCGAAGCUGAGCCUCACCGGCACCGCGCGCUACGCCUCCAUCAACGCCCACAGGGGGCUCGAGCAGAGCCGCCGGGACGACCUGGAGGCCAUCGGGCACAUGAUGAUGUAUUUCCUCCGGGGCUCGCUGCCGUGGUCGGGGCUGGACGCCAAGACGCAGGAGGAGAAGUACAAGAAGAUCAGGCAGAAGAAGGAGGAGGUGAAGCUUGACGACCUGUGUCAGGACCAUCCAGAGGCCUUCAAGACCUAUCUUGCCACGGCGAGAUCACUGGAGUUCACGGAGCGGCCCGAUUACGAGAGCCUCAGGAAACUUUUCCGCGCCGUCCGCGCCCAGCACCCUGAGCUGGAGGACCACUCGUACCAGUGGAUGCAG